AUGGCUGACGCUCAAUUUGACAGUGCGCUCGACCUCCUGCGCCGCUUGAACCCUCGGGACACCAAGAAGAACCUUCAAGCGAUUACAUCUAUUGUUCCUGACCUCACUGAAGACCUCCUUUCCUCCGUCGACCAGCCCCUCGAGAUCCGUCGGUGCUCCAAGACCAAGCGUGACUACCUACUCUGCGAUUACAACCGGGAUGGUGAUAGCUACCGCUCCCCUUGGAGCAACGAGUUCGAUCCUCCGUUGGAUGAUGGAACUGUCCCUAGCGAGAGGGUGAGAAAGCUGGAAGUGGCGGCUAAUGAGGCUUUCGACGUCUACCGGGAGCUGUACUACGAGGGUGGUGUAGGCAGCGUUUACUUCUGGGAUUUAGACGAUGGUUUCGCCGGAGUCAUACUUUUGAAGAAGGGGGUAACACCGGGUGCGAAGAGCUCUGGAGAAUGGGACAGCAUCCACGUGUUCGAAGCUACCGAUCGGGCUCGCAUGUCCCACUACAAGCUUACCAGCACUGUUAUUCUCCAUUUGGCCAACGAGACCGAAUCCCUGGGCGAAAUGGAUCUGAGCGGUAACAUGACCCGACAGGUGGAGGUGGACUUACCUGUUGAGUCCGAUGCGAGCCACGUUGCCAAUGUUGGUCGACUCGUUGAGGAUAUGGAGCUGAAGAUGAGGAACCUGUUGCAGGAGGUCUACUUCGGUAAAGCGAAGGAUGUCGUGGGCGAACUCCGGAGUCUAGCUUCCUUGUCGGAAGCAAGCAAGGAGCGCGCCACCCAGCGGGAGAUGAUUAUGUCCAUGCACAGGUAG